AUGUCAGAGGAAAACUCCGCAAUAUUUGACUCUAGCAAUUAACCUUCAAUUGAUUAAUUGCACAGAGAAUGUAAAGAUUUACUGCAAUAAAAGCAAGCUAUUUCUGAUAAGAUUCGUGAUUUCAAAAUUUAACUUAAAAAAGCUAGCCGCGAUCAGUAAUAUGCAAAUCAAUAAACUGAAAAAGCUAACACCUCUACUGCUGCACUUGCUCAUAAUUCGUCAGUCAACAUGAAUGACAUUGAAAUGGCAGAAAUCAAGCCAUUGGGGAAAAGAAAAAGUAGAAAUGAUGAUAAAGAAGGCAUUGAAAAUGAUAAUGAAAUGGAGAUUGACUAAAAGGAACACGAAUCCAAACGCUAAAAAUAUUCCAGAGAUGAUCGAAGAAAAUUCACAUCAACAAAGGGAGUAGAAUCAUCAAAGGAAAGCCCCUCUCCCAUUAAACUUACUUCAAUUGUAGCAUCAUCAGCUUUGAAAAAGACGGAUGCAACUGAAAAUUUGAAAGAUGAUACAAUGAUUGACUUGGAUCAGAGAGAGACAAUGAAUAAUGAGGAGAGGAGAGCUUAAAGAGCUAAAAAAUGGCAGGAAGUAAUUAAUGAGAAUGAACCAAAGAAUCAGACAAAACCUAAUGACGACAAAUAGACUAAUAAUAAGUAAGACACAAAUCAAUUAUAGUAAUCGUAUUCUAAACAAUCAGAGACAAGAAGAGGUGGUGGUGAACGUGGUGAUUAUGGUUCUAGAGGAUAGACUACUACAGCAUCAAUCAAUUCUAACUAGCAAAUUACUACUAGGGGAGUAGGCUUUCCAGCUAGAGGCAGAAACUUACUGAACAAUAUGCUAUUUAGGCAUCUAGAAAAAGCCAAGGUCAACCUUGAAUAGGAGAAAGACCAUUUGCAAAAAUAAGAGCAAGUAGUUCAGAAGGUUACAGAGAAGCUUUAAAAAGAUCAAAAUGUUAUCCAAGAAGUUUAACUUUCAGAGAUUGAGGAUAGAUUAUCUAAAGAGAUUGAUAGAAAAAGAGAACUUGAAAAGAAGCUCAUUAUAGCGAAUGAGUAGAUGAGAACAUAAAAGGAUAUAGAGCAUAUGAGAAGGAUUAGUAACUUUAUUAGAACCAAGUAAUUUCAUUGUAAAAACUUUAUCUAUAGUACUUCUCCAUCCAUUUUCUGGAUGCCCGCUAAGUAAAAUGAGAAAACAGAAUUGCUAGCUCAAAAGACCAAGGAGUAUUAUCAGUAGAAAGAGGAGGAAUUGAAAAUGAAGAGUAAAGAGAAACUUGAAGAUAGACUGAAGUAGUUUGAUUAGAGAAUGGAAGAGUAUAACUAAUAAAGGAAGUAAAGAAAUUUAUAUAACAAUGCUGAAGGUGACAAAAAUGUUGUAUAAGAUAAUGAAAGAAUGAAUGACUCACUUAACAAAUUAGAUUUGAAUGUCAGCAGAGGUUAAAGUCUUAAUGAAGGUAAAGAUAGUGAUGAAGCUAUGAUUAGCAAGUCUGAUCAGUUAAUUAAAUAAAACCAAGAAAAGAAAGUGAUUUCUAAUGGCAAAUCUGACUUAAUCGAUGAAUUAGAUGACGAUGAUGAUGGUGAUUUGAUGAAUGAUAUUUACAACAUAAAUUGA